CUAUAUGUUGUUGUUUGGAACAAGCACAAGCCUCAAUGCAGUGACAAAUUGUGUAACUGAAGUGUUGCUGUUCCACGUCCUUGACUACCAUUAAACAUCUCUUUAAUGUCUUAUUGACUUAGAAGCCCAUAAAACCAUAUUUUAUGAGUGUGUGCAGAAGGAGCAAAUUCCAACACACGUGAUUUAUGCCCAGCUGCCUUAUGGCUAUGAUGAUUACCUCGGCAACUCUUCACGUCUGGUCAUCACUCCACUCACGGUUCGCUGCUAACUGUACUUUUGAAGGCUGAAGCUGCGAACGCUAUCAUCCCAUUCUGCCCAUCGCACAUGGGUGUGGUGCCCGUGGACAGGGCACUGUGUCAGACCUGCUGACGCUGCCCAGGGCCGACUGCCAAGCCCCGCUCAACGCAGUGAAGGAGAGCUACGCGUCCAUGAGACUACAACAUGCUCACGAGCACAUUUUCUAUCCUGCUAUCUCAUAGCCAUUUAGAGGCAGUGCAUUUGUAGCGUAACAAAGCUACGUGAUCCACCAAACCUUGCUUCCAAAGUGCUCGAUUAUGGGCGUGAACAAUGUCAGCAACUAAGUGCUGUUGAGUCAGUAAUUAAAGAUGCAGACUAUUUACCCUCAUUAAUAAAUGGAUGUUUGCUUCCUUGCAAUUCUCUGUUCUGGAAAACCCAAUGUAGCUAAGAUAGUGGUGGCAAUGUAGUUUUAUUUAUUUAUUAUGGUACAUUUUCAGGUGGCAACCAAACCUAAUCCUGUUUAACACGUAGGCUUUCGCGACCAAUAUUUUUCCAUUAAAGACGUUUUUGGGUUAGCUAUGCCUUCUAAUCCUGUUUUUUCUGCCACCUCACCCAUUGCUGCUCAUUCAGCCAUGGCCGAAGGAUGCCUUCCAGGUGGUGGCAAGAUGGUUCUUGAUUCACUCAGGUCUGCCACAGCAGUAUCUGCGUGAAUGUGUGCCAUGCAUUCCACGUGUUUGCCAUGGAGCUACCGGAUCAUUUACGUGCUAAGCAGCAGCAGCGCCACAACUAUGUGACUCCCACCUCCUACGUGGAGCUCAUGGAAGGGUGUCGUGGUGGAGAGAUGUUAACUCCCUCGCCUUGUAUGUAGGACGUCAUAGGGUCUAUCCCCGACCCUAACGCUUGUAUAUUUGGAUUGGGCAUGUUUUCCCUGUGGUCGCGUUGAUUUUUCUCCGGGUCCUCCGGUUUUUACCUCCACAUUUAGAAACGUGAUUUUAGAGUAUCUGUCUACGAUAAACUUUCACACAAUAAGCCACUUGGAUUUAGCUAUCAUUUGUGGUCAGGUCAUUUCUGAAAAUAGCUAUAUAUAGCUCAGUGGGCCUUACCUGGGUAAAAUAAAAAAGUUUUUGUUUAUCUGCAUCCUGAAUUGUGUGAAGCCUGACCGUGUUCCAGACCACGUUGGGCUCUGGCAAGGAGAUUGAGGACCUGUGGGAGCCGACGAAGCAGCUGCUGGGUGACAUUCGAUUCCUUCAUGAGGUGUUCAAGUUGGUCGCCCCGGGCGUUCAAGGUGGUGGCUGGGAAGCAAGAGACGCUGGCAGAAGCGCAGGCAGAGCUUGGAGGGAGCCAUGGGCUGGUCUGCACGUCAAGCAGCACCCACAGCGCAAGGUGCAGGCCAAGGUGGCCGACAUCAAGGCCCUCACUCAAUGAGACCAAACGGCGCACGGCUGAGCUGGAGGACCAGGUGGGGGCGCCACACACCAACGCAGCACCAAAGUCACACCGCAGUGAACCGUCAAUUGCCAAGUGCAUCACGCAUCGCGUAGCGCCAUACUCGUAAUGUUGUCAUCCAGUCACAAUAAUGAAUUGGCCGUGUGAAUUUAAUGCACUGCAAUCCUUCCUAUUCAUAUAAUGGAAAACAAUUUAGUUACGAGAAUUUGCAUUCACAAAGCAUCUGACGCCAUCGCAAAAAUUAUGUAAAAAAAUACCAAUUAAAAGUAUGUUUUAAUUAAGGCAGGCAAUGAAGGAUAGAAUUAUACAGACCGCAGCGGGAAUUGAGAAACGUAUAAUAGAAGUGCGUAUAAAGAUGAUUCAUAGGGACAGUCAUAUGCACGGGAGAAAAGUGUUCAAGCAGGGCUUGAACGGGGGCAUAAGCAACAUGCUUUAGCUGCAUAUCUGGCUCUCUGACCAUGCAAAAUGCACCCUUGCCGAGGGGGGUGCACUCUCUGUGUGCUAUUGAUGUGCGCAGUCCACCACGUGCAGCAAAAAGUUGCAGCGGGCGGAGGUACUGACAGGGGCCAUGGGUGCGGAGAAGACACGCUGGAGCCAGGCUGCCCAAAAGUCGCUCGAGCUACGGGGCAACCUUACGGCCCACCGGCGUUAUUGGAGAAUGAGGGUGAGCAGCUGGAUCCCGUGCUGGAGUCGUUACUGCUGAAGCAGACGUUCCGGCACGGUGGCAGUGUGUGCGUGUGCGCCUUUGGUGACGCCACCAUUGAGUACGUGGCUGACUUUCGCUUCUACAUCACCACCAACCUGAGUAACCCACACGACCUGCUCGAAACGUCUGCCCAGGACCAGCUGUUGAGCAUCACAGUGGCCCGUGAGAGGCCAGAUAUGGAGGCGCAGAAACAGGCACUCAAUCUACAGAACGCUAACAACAAGAGGCAUGCAAGCAGCGCCACAGGCGCCCCCAAAAAUGUUUCACGUGUACUCGUGUUUUUUGUGUGCACACUACACCAACUAAACACCACACCAACAAAGACAAAGAUCCCCCAUAUGGGCUUUUAAACUGCAAGGGCAAGUGCUCGUAAAAAGCACACAAAAGGACUAUCUUAUUCUCCACAAUAGAAAUGGUGAUCCACCUCAGCAGGUACUAAUUUUAUGAUGCGUUGACCAAAAGGGCAGCCCAGGCCAGAUUUAUAAUGCCCAUCGCUACUGGUAUUAACCAUCAUGCACAGGAGUCAAACCCACGUUGCUCGGUUUACAUGCACAUGUACAUGCACACAAACUCACAUGUAUUGUUUAGUAAUGUAUAUAAUUGAAACUAAAGGAUGCACUACAAAUAUGAAACAAAAAAAAUAUUUAAAAAAUAACACACCAUUCAAGCAUACUCAUUGGGUAUUU